GUAAAUUGCGCACACGAACGGGAUUUGGUUCGCGAGGUACGCAAACAUAAAUUACAGCUACAUAUUACACCGCGGUGGAUCACGCACACCUUCGACAAGACCAGGUCCCCCCUACGGCUAAGAUGUCGAUCAUGCUCCAGCUAUGUUACCAGCGUUUUGUUACCCUAGCCGCCAAUGCUGCCUCUUUGCAGUUGUCGCAAGGUUCCUGUAUGAGGUUCUGGACUCGACGAUGGUCAUAAUAGACCUGGCGCACAUAAUUAGUCUCCUAAGACUCGUCAAGGGAUUUUGGAAAGCCGCUUACGCUGGGACAGCCGCAGUUCUGCGCUGUAUGUUUGUGUGCGGAACUAAGCUUGCAGUUUGCUUGUUUGCAAUCUUGCGUAACUCCGGAGUAAUAUGACACGACGAAGUGCUUUGUAAGAGAGAUGUUCAGGGCAUGCUAUAAGUGACAGUUCGUUCAU